ACCAAUUGAGUCUUACCUCUAACAACCUGGAUCAUCUCCCCAUAUGGAUCACCGGCGCGCCCUGGCGGCCAGGCAACUCCUGGCUGAUACCGUCGGACGCGUGUGAAAUAGAGGCCACCAUCUUUCAUCCGGGCAGCGGCCAUCUUGGUAAAGAAGAAAUGGCUGACGACUUAGGGUUGUGUGUGAGGCCCGACCAGCAUUUCCUUUACCAAGAUGGCGACGGCAUGGUAACGCAAUGAGCGCGCGCCACCGGAAGAUCAGCGCGCAGGCUCUGUGGUGACGUCACGGAGGCGCGACCGGGCCGGCGCUGGGGGAAGGAGCCUGCUGAGGGAUGCCCAAGAAGUUCCAGGGCGAGAACACCAAGUCGGCGGCGGCCCGGGCACGGAGGGCUGAGGCCAAGGCGGCAGCUGAUGCCAAGAAGCAGAAGGAGCUGGAGGAUGCUUACUGGAAGGACGAGGACAAACACGUCAUGAGGAAGGAGCAGCGCAAGGAGGAGAAGGAGAAGCGGCGCCUGGAGCAGCUGGAGCGCAAGAAGGAGACGCAGCGCCUGCUGGAGGAGGAGGACUCGAAGCUCAAGGGUGGCAAGGCCCCCCGGGCGGCCCCCAGUAAGGUCACCCGUGCCCAAAUUGAGGACACGCUGCGUCGGGACCAUCAGCACAGGGAGGCCCAGGACACAGCAGAGAAAGCCAGGAGCCAUCUGGAGGUGCCGCUCGAAGAGAACGUGAACCGCCGCGUGCUGGAGGAGGGCAGCGUGGAGGCGCGCACCGUGGAGGACGCCAUCGCCGUGCUCAGCGUGGCGGAAGAGGCAGACCGGCACCCCGAGCGCCGCAUGCGGGCGGCCUUCACCGCCUUCGAGGAGGCCCAGCUGCCCCGGCUCAAGCAGGAGAACCCCAACAUGCGGCUGUCGCAGCUGAAGCAGCUGCUGAAGAAGGAGUGGCUGCGCUCUCCCGACAACCCCAUGAACCAGCGGGCCUUGCCUUUCAACGCCCCCAAGUGAGGCCAGAACUGGGGGGGCUGCCCACGGGCGCCCAGGCCGCGACUCCGACUCCGAAUGCCCUCCCUCUGGGUCAGCUCUGAGGAUUACAGAGAAGUCCGGGGACCCUGGUACCUGCCCCUGGGGCUGUGUGCCACCCCGCCAACCCUCUUCCGCCAGUGGGCCCCUGCUCUGAGUGCCACCCUCAAUCCCCCACCACACCUGUGGGGCCCUGGGGCUGAGCACCCAAUAAAGGCGGUGGGUAAGGCCUGUGUGUGCCGGUAGGUGCUGAGGGUUGGCCCGAGGUGGGGAACGCGGCCACAAAGGUUCUCGUUCGGUACCUGCCCUUGUCUGAGCUGAGACCAUGGCUGCAAAAGGCCAGGGCCCCACUUCAGGCCAUGACACGUGUCCACGGAGACCCCCGUAUGACCUUCUGCUGCCUGCCAGGGUGCUGGACAUGCUGGCCCGAGGUCAUGUGACAUUUCAGGGCCAGCGCUCACCUGCCACCAUACUUGGGGUGAGGGGAUGCUGGCUUCUUCGCUGUUAUCUCAACAGGGAAUGUGUCUGGGAUGGAUUCUGGGCUGGCGUCCCACUGGUGACUUUCUCUGAGCCUGCCUUAACAGGAUGAGUCACUGCAUCCUGGAGGGAGGAAGAGGGCGCUGAGCUGGCAGGGCCUGGAGGC